GAGUUUCCUAGUUCGUUCGAGUCGAUAGUGCGAAAAAUCCUGCGGCUACUUUUCCACGUUAUGGCACACAUUUAUCACUGCCACUUUCGGGAGAUUUCACACUUGGGGCUUCAUGUACACCUCAACUGUGUCUUCGCCCACCUUACGCUUCUUAAUCAGCGCUUUAGUCUUAUUGAUCCAAAGGAAACUGAAAUCCUUGGCGACUUAGAGGCUGCACUCUUAGGCACAGGUGACUCGGCGACUGCAUCCGGAAGUUCGCAAGCGUCGAAUGCUGUGGAAGCACCAACGACGACAUCGGGCACCUAAAAAUCAAGUCUCGAUUCAAAUGGAGAUAAAGAAAAUGAAAAAGCAAAAGUUUGAAAUUACGUCAAGAUAAUCUCUCUCUUCUGCUUCUCUCUAGAUGCUCGCUGAUCAAAAAGUGCAUGUGCGAGUGCUCAGGAGAUUCUGCUUCGUUGAGGCUAUUUGCGCUGCCUGAUUUAAUGCAGUAUUGGCUGUGUUAAACAAGACGCAUGUCGUGCUUUCAGCUUGGAGAGAAAAAGGAGAUGAGCAAUUGGUGAUAUGUAAGAACUUAAAAACGAUUCGUAUACGUGUGAGGAAAAAAAUGAAAGCUUAAAAAAGAAGAAAAAAAAAAAACAAGUAGUACCUGUAAAUAGCGAAUUAUGAAGAAGAAAGCGAGUGUACGAUGUGACUAGGUUCCUUUGUUUGCUGUUUGUGAAAUUGUACAUAAUUUAUUGCGAAAAGUGCUGAUGUAGAGAGACAAAAUUUGUUAAAGAAUUGUGAGAGUGGUGAGUGAUAAAAUACAAAUACAACACAAGAUGCAGAUAUAAUAAAUAUACACACACGUGCGUGUGUCUCUGUGUACGUAUAUGUACGUGCAUACGUGUACAUAAACAUCUAUAUACAAUACACAACACGCACCUACAUAUACAUACACAUAUGUUUCGUUCUGUAUAAAUUGAAAAUAAAACGCGAAAUAAUUAUGAUAAUAUUGUAAAGUUAUGAGAAGUAAAUAUAUACCUGGUGUUGAACUA